AGCAGAGACGACGCAUGCGCACUGGCUCCUCAUUCAGCCUCAUCCUAAAUAAGCCUCAUUGUUGGCAACUCUUCAUUUGAGCCGUGAGCCCACCCUGCUGAGCUUCUGCACCCAGCUACUACCACCUGCCUACCAUCUUCCUUCCUGCCUGGCAGCAUGGAGCCCCUGCAUCAAUCCCCAGGGCACAGCUGAGACCCGGACAACAGCUACUUUUGGGGGUGAAAAGGAACAGAAAAGGAAAAGGAUCCUGAUGGAUUGGGAAGCUGCUGGGCAGCUUUGUGUGUUGCUGCUGCCAGGGCUGCAGAUCUCCGAGAGAAGAGCCCAGCACAGACCCCCAGCCUGCCCAGGGGACCAAGUUUCCAGGGGCUGUAAGGCAGGCUCCAGGGUACUGUCAUGCUGAAGGAUCUGACCCACAUCCUAAAGAGAUCCUGACCUCCUUCUCCUCUGUCUGCUGUGGAUUCCCCAACUGUGGCAUGUGAUGGGAAGACCACCCUGCUUGGAUUUCUGAGCAGUGUUUUAUAUAGAACAUCUACAAGCUUCAUCAGUAUUCAGGAUUAACCCUCCUCAUCAUCACCCCCCCCAAUAGGCAUCAUGAUCCUGGAAAAAGUCUACUUCAUCUUAGAAGUGCUGCUGAUUACCAUCCUGGUGGUUGAGGGGAUUGCAGUGGCGCAGCGCACUCAAGAUGGACAAAACAUAGGAGCCAAACACAUCCCAGUAACCCAGUGUGGUAUCUGGGUAAGAACCAGUAAUGGUGGGCAUUUUGCAUCCCCAAACUUUCCAAAUACCUACCCCCCUAACAAGGAAUGUGUCUACAUCUUAGAAGCUGCUCCUCGCCAGAGAAUCGAGUUGACCUUUGAUGAGCCUUAUCACAUAGAGCCAUCCUUUGAGUGCCGCUUUGAUCAUUUAGAGGUUAGAGAUGGUCCGUUUGGCUUUUCACCACUGAUUGACCGAUACUGCGGCAUCAGGAGUCCAUUGCCAAUCCGAUCCACCGGCCGAUUCAUGUGGAUCAAAUUCACGUCAGAUGAAGAGCUGGAAGGCCUGGGAUUCCGUGCAAAGUAUUCCUUUAUACCAGAUCCAGACUUCAGUUAUCUUGGAGGAAUUCUCAAUCCUAUUCCAGAUUGUCAGUUUGAGUUAUCAGGACCAGAUGGAAUAAUCCGCUCCAGCCAAGUAGAACAAGGGGAUAAACUGAAGGCCGGUCAAGCUGUGGACUGUAUAUGGACGAUUAAAGCAACGCCAAAAGCCAAGAUUUACUUAAGGUUCCUGGACUAUCAGAUGGAACAUUCCAAUGAAUGCAAGAGGAAUUUUGUGGCCGUGUAUGAUGGAAGCAGCUCCAUAGAAAACUUAAAAGCUAAAUUCUGCAGCACUGUGGCCAAUGAUGUCAUGCUUCAAACUGGGACCGGGGUUGUACGGAUGUGGGCAGAUGAAGGAAGUCGACUUAGCCGUUUCCGGAUGCUCUUUACAUCUUUUGUGGAACCUCCCUGUAUGGACAGCACAUUCUUCUGCCAUAGUAAUAUGUGUAUUAACAACUCCCUGGUCUGCAAUGGAAUUCAGAACUGUGCCUAUCCCUGGGAUGAAAACCAUUGUAAAGAAAAGAAGGAAGCGGGGCUGUUUGAGCAAAUCACCAAGACACAUGGGACCAUCAUUGGGAUUACCUCUGGGAUUGUUUUGGUCCUCCUCCUUAUUUCCAUCUUGGUGCAAGUCAAGCAGCCUCGAAAGAAAAUCAUGGCCAGAAAGACUACCUUCAACAAAACUGGGUUCCAGGAAGUGUUUGAUCCCCCACACUAUGAACUCUUCUCCCUCAGGGACAAAGAGAUUUCGGCAGAUUUGGCUGACUUGUCGGAGGAACUGGAAAACUACCAAAAGACAAGACGUUCUUCUACAACUUCCCGCUGCAUUCACGACCAUCACUGUGGAUCCCAAACUGCCACCCUGAAACAGAGCAGGACCAACCUGAGCUCUAUGGACCUUCCAUUCCGCAAUGACUUUGCCCAACCACAACCAAUGAAAACCUUUAAUAGUACAUUCAAGAAAAGCACCUAUGCUUUCAAGCAGUCUCAUGACUGCUCGGAUAAAGGCAUAGAAGACCGCGUCAUGGAGGAAAUCCCUUGUGAAAUUUAUGUCCGGGGCCGAGAAGACUGUGCUCAGGGUUCAAUGUCUAUUGACUUUUAAUUGCCUCACAGAUUAAAACAAAAAUCUGAUUCCUUCUACUAAAGCGAUAUAUUUUUGAGACAAUCUGCGAUAAUCAUUGCAUUUUUCUAAAAGGUGACAAUUCGAGGCUCCAAUAAACUACAUAGACUUCUACAUUAAAGCUCUAUAUUUUUUGAGCAGGAAUCACAAAAAAAUAAACUGAGUAUUUUGCAUGGAAUUGGUUCUCUGUAUUAAUAGGAUUCUACGUAAACUGUACCCGCCAUGAUGGGUUGGGUGGGAGAGGGGAUUAACACUCACUGAUCAGUAUUGUUAUGAUUCUUUGUAUCUGUUUUUUUUUCCUUGCCUUUAAGUUUUUACACAAAAUAGAAAUUUGUUUACCUUCUGAUACAAAUGUUCUAGGAUCAUAAAUGGUGCUACCGGAGCGGGAAAUAAAAGAAAAGAGCCUUGAAAGUA